AUGUCCGAUAUUGGGGAUGAGAUGGACGUUGAUGUCCCCGUUGUCAGCAAAGAUGUGAUAUUUUCCUCCGAAGCCAAGCAAGGCAAGCGAAGUGCUGCCAAUCUGCCAGUUGAGGCUGAGGAUAGUCUCCCUUGGGUUGAAAAGUACCGCCCAAAUACCCUCGACGACGUCUCGGGCCAUCAAGAUAUCCUCGCCACUAUCAACAAAUUCAUCGACCAGAACCGUCUUCCUCAUCUACUCCUCUACGGUCCUCCAGGUACUGGAAAGACGUCGACAAUUCUGGCCCUUGCUCGUCGUAUCUAUGGAGCUGCGAACAUGCGCCAAAUGGUUCUCGAACUCAAUGCCUCAGAUGACCGUGGUAUCGAUGUAGUGCGAGAGCAGAUCAAGACAUUUGCCAGUACCAAACAGAUCUUCUCCAUGGGUGGUGCAUCUGCCCGCUCAGGCAACUCGAUGGCUGGAUUUAAGCUCAUUGUUCUGGAUGAGGCUGAUGCUAUGACGAGCACAGCCCAGAUGGCUCUACGACGAAUAAUGGAGAAGUACACCACCAACACACGGUUCUGUAUCAUUGCAAACUAUUCCCACAAGCUUAGCCCAGCGCUUCUGAGUCGAUGCACACGGUUCCGCUUCAGUCCGUUAAAGGAGGGCGAUAUUAGGGUGCUAGUUGACAAGGUGGUGGAGGAGGAGCAUGUUAGGAUUGGCGGAGAGGCGGUUGAUGCGUUGGUGAAGCUAAGCAAGGGUGAUAUGCGAAGAGCACUGAACGUUCUACAGGCCUGUCACGCAUCAAGUACACCAUUGCGAGCGAAGGAUGCACCCAAAGUGCCUGACAGCGAAAUUGAACGCGAAAAUAUCACAACGGAGACUAUUUAUAACUGCAUCGCGGCACCCCCACCUGAUGCCAUCAAAGAGAUUGUGUCGACGCUGCUUAAGACAUCGGAUGUCACAAGUUGUCUAAACACUAUCAACGCUCUCAAGGUGUCGCGAGGUCUUGCGCUGGCGGAUAUUAUCACAGCGCUCUCCGAGGAGUUAGUGAAACUAGAGGUUGGUCCUGAGGUCAUGAUCACCUGGCUGGAUGGUCUCGCCAAUAUCGAGCAUAGAGUCGCCGGUGGAGGCAGGCCCAAGAGGCAUUGUAUUUGUGAACUUGCUGUCGCAUUUCACCGAGAAAUCGCUGUACGUUUGAAAGAUCAGCAAGACCGCCAUACAAUUACGGCUACAAUGACCUCAAUCGCUUCCUCUGAUGCUGGAAAUUUAACUGUUGAGCCACUGUCAGAGCGCAACGUCUCUCGGAUCCCGCUUAUUCUCCCUCAUGAGCGCGUAUUCCCAAUUCAAAUCGGCAGCGAAUUGUUUAAGCUCUCCGGGGCAUCGUUAUCCUCUGACGCACCUUCAUACUUCUCCCAAUACUUCGUUUGCCAGUUGGAAUCGGCAAAGGAACGAAACGACGAGUCGAGCUCGGCUAUCCGAACGCUCUACAUUGAUCGCGACCCAGUCAUCUUUCGCGAUAUCUCUCUCCAUCUUCAGGGCUACCAUGUUCAGCCUCGCGACGGCGAGCACUUUCUCUACGAGGAGAGUAUCUUUAUCUCCAUCGGCCAUCGCGAGUUUCAGAUUCCUCGUGAGAUCUUCAACGACCCAGGAAAUUCUCCGAACUACUUCUCCCUCGGCUUCGCUGCUUUCUUCUCACGCCCGGACGAUCUCUUCCCUGGCAUUGACCGCGAAGGCCUUAUCCGUCCACCCUCGAUCCUCCCUCCUUCGGUUCCGAAGCGCAGCGCUGAUACAUUUGCUGAGCUCCUACACUUUCUCCGAGGAUAUCCUAUUCGAAUACGUGAUGAAGCCCACCGCCAGGAUCUCCUCAGCGAUGCGCGCUACUUCCAUUUUAAGGGCCUCGAGCAGCGCCUUAUCCCGCAUUCGCUAAGUUACAAUCAAGCCACGAGACGUGAUGAGAUUGUCCUUCGUCUUGAGAACAUACAGAAGAGUGGCGUUAGUGUCUUUAUUAGCAAUACAGACCCGUUGACCGGCUUUGUGCAAUACGCUCGACCUUAUGUGGACGAGAAGCCUGCUGAGCUGGUCCUCGAAAUUGGCGGCGAAACAACAAAGCUUCAUUUCUCAGGAAGUAAUGCUAGGGCGGAGUUCUUCAGGGACACCAAAGCACGAGUUGCGAAGUUGUUUGAGCUUGUCUCGUCAAAGCUAAACUUUUCCCAGGCGAUCAAAACUGAACAUCUCACCAACCAUGGACAGUUGACAAACCUCGGAAAUGCACUAUUAAAGGAAGAUCUUGUCCGUAUAGCCCUCGAGCCCGAAUCAGCCAUUAUUCUAGAUGGGAAGGACUAUCUCGAGGAUUUCAUCAAUGCCGCGGCGUCCGAAUCUUCCACAAACGAAUAUCCCCGGAAGCGAAAGCGAGCAGAUGGUGACUCAGGCGAUGAGGAGUGGGUUGUCACGACAGGGCAAUGGAGGUUACGCAUUCAGAACGCACCAAACGGCAGGGGUGUUGAAUGUAUUCUUGUUGCAGCCAAGCUUGAUGCAAUGAGCUCGCAAUUGUCGCGUAACAUGUCAAGGAGCUUUCUGGGAAGCUAA